AUGGCGCACAGCGUGCUCUACGCCGACCUGCGCUUCGCCAAGGGGCCGUGGGGCCGCGGCACGGCCAGCGGGGCCCUGGGGGAAGCCCCCGGCAUGGACGAGGCCGACAGCCCCUACGAGAACGUGGCACCGGGGCCGGUGCCUGCGGGGACGGCUGGGGAGGGGACCCGGCACAGCCCAGGGCGCUGCUCCCGGCGGCGCUGCAUCCCCGCGGGGCUGCUGGCAGCCAGCCUGCUGCUGCUGGUGGCCCUGGUGGCCCUGGGGACCUGCUACUGGCAGGCGACCCGUGAGCUGCGGGACGCGUCCCGGGAGCAGGCGGCCGAGCGCGGCCGCUUCUCGCAGGAGGCGCGGGCGUGGGAGCAGAGCCUGGAGCAGGCGCGCCGGGAGCUGGCGCAGGCGCGCGCGGAGCUGCAGCGAGCGUGGCGAGAGGGCAACAGCAGCCUGCUGGAGCUGGGCAGGCAGGAGGCCGAGCUGGCGCGCGUCUCGGGGGCCCUGGCCGGUGCUGAGAGGGAGCUGCAGGACGCGCAGGGGCGGCUCGAGGCCGGCGAGCGUGCGGCCAGCAGCCUGCGCGCCUGCCUGGACGCAGACUGCUGCCCCCCGGGCUGGCUGCUCUACCACGGCAAGUGCCUCUUCGUCUCGUCGGAGAAGAAGAGCUGGCGGCAAAGCCUGAACGACUGCGAGGCGAGAUCCUCCCAGCUGCUGGUGCACGGCGAGCGGCAGGCAUGGGCGCUGCCGCCUUUCCUGCACGCAGGCGGCACCAAGUACUGGGUGGAGGAGGAGAUUUCCAGCGCUACCGGGUUGGUCGUGCGGCAGGACAGCGUGCUGUAUGACACGCACGCUUACACUGACAAGUGCUCGCUGUCAGCGGCCAAGGGCAUCGAGAGGUUGGCGUGCAGGAGGCUCCACCAGUGGAUCUGCGAGCAGCCCCCGAGGCUGAGCAGCAUGUCCAAGGCCCUCGCAUCUCUCCUGGACGAGGAGUGACCAUGCUACCACCCCCUCUCCGUCACAGGAUGCGGGGACAGGAGCCGGGGGUGCCCCCAGAAACACUCCCCCCACCGUGCACACACUGCCUCCGCCGCAUGGCAAAGCGCUGGGAAGAUGGGCUGUCUGUAUUUUAAAGCA